CCAACUUGUGCAUCAAUCACCACGAUGCCUCCAACGGACACCUCAAGGCAGCGGGAAUUUGUUCAUCCCGACGCAGCUCAUGCCAAAAAAAAGACCCCACCAAGCCCUUUCGUUCUCCAACCCAUCACGGCCUUCUACUUUUUCCUCGCAGCCAAUCUCAUAGCCGCUGUCUUCGCUCCGAUUCAGGACUGCGAUGAAACCUUCAAUUACUGGGAGCCAACGCAUUACCUCACCCAUGGCUAUGGAUUGCAAACUUGGGAGUACUCACCCGAGUACUCCAUCCGCAGUUGGCUUUACGUCUCGUUGCACGCCAUCGUAGCCAACAUCCGUCGCGUACUGCCUCAGUCAACAAAGGUCUCGGAAUUCUACUUUGUUCGAUACGUGUUGGCAUUCAUUUGCGCCCUCACGCAGACGCUCCUAUACCGGUCAAUCAGCCUGACAAUCUCCCCGCGCACCGGAACUUGGUUCAUAAUGGCUCUGGUUGUAAGCCCUGGAAACUUCCAUGCUAGUGCUGCAUACCUACCGUCGUCCUUUGCCAUGUACGCAUGCAUGCUAGGUGCGGCUGCCUUCAUACACUGGAGAGGUGGUCUAAAGACCUCUCAUGGAAUAUUCUGGUUUGCAGUAGCUGGAGUCAUUGGUUGGCCUUUUGCCGCUGCGCUGUGUGUGCCAUUCCUUGCUGAGGAGGGUCUCUUCGCAUUGUUUGGCGAUGGCGAGCGCAGGUUUGAUUGCUUUGUCCGUGUUGGUAGGGGAGUUGUGGCUGCUUUGCUCCUCGUGGUUUUUGACACUUGCAUCAACACAUUCUUUUACCGCAAGAUCGAAGUCGUUUCCUGGAAUAUUGUCAAGUACAACAUCUUCUCCUCGAGUGGGGGACCGAACCUGUAUGGAACCGAGCCGUGGACAUUCUAUUUCAGGAAUCUCGCGCUCAAUUUUAACAUCUGGUUUGUGUUGGCUAUGCUGUCAAUGCCCUUGUUCCUUGUGCGGAACUUCAUCGUGCCAACUGGUCAUGAACUCAGGUCAGGCUGGCGUACCAUGGUAUUCUUGACGCCUUUCUACAUGUGGCUCGGUAUCUUCACGGCGCAGCCACACAAAGAGGAGCGCUUCAUGUACCCGGCUUAUCCUUUUUUGGCACUCAACGCAGCCGUUGCAUUCCACAUCAUCGUCACUGCCUUGGGCAACGCCAAUCCAAAAACUCUGAUUGGCAUGAUCCCAGGAAAGCUCAAGUUGGCUGUCCUAUCUAUUGCGGUACUGCUUGCGUUUGACGUGUCCCUGGCUCGGGUUUAUGGGGUUUACACCGCAUACUCGGCACCUCUUUCCCUAUACAAGCCGCUGGGCACCGGCGUUUUGGGAGAACAGGGCCUUGGGGGCUCUGGCGACUCCGUCUGUUUUGGAAAGGAGUGGUACCGAUUUCCGUCGUCAUUCUUUCUGCCCCGCAACAUGCGUGCCAAGUUCAUUCGCUCCGAGUUCCGCGGCCUUCUCCCUGGGGAAUUCUCAGAGGCGAGAACGGGCUUUGGCAUUUUUGGAGGUACUUGGCUUACGCCCAGCGGUAUGAACGACCGCAACGAAGAAGACAUGGGCAAGUACGUGGACAUCAACACGUGCGCCUUUCUUGUGGAUACGCAAUACCCGCAUAGCAGCGAACCCCUACCACCCAACGAGCCGGACUUCGUAGCAGAUAAAGACAAUUGGGAGGUCAUACAAUGUAUCCCGUUCUUGGAUGCUGGAAAUACGAGCUUCCUCGCCCGGGCGCUCUGGGUCCCUCAGUUGUCCUUUAUACCCGAUCACUUGCAGAGAAAGUGGGGUCGCCAUUGUCUUUUGCAGAGAAGAAAGGUUUCAUCGGCAUGAAGCAGGCAAGGAAGGAGAGCGAUUCGCCUAAUGUGCUUGCAUCUUGGCAUCUGCUCACGGGGAUUGCAAAGACAUAAGGUAUGUAUAACUUAUCACAGCUGUAGCUCAGAUAACAAACCGACUAUUUUAUUCCUUGUCAUCGGAAGAGCAUCCGAGACAAAAGAUCAGAAAG